AUGCCGAGGAAGACUGCGCUCGCAAAAGGGGCGUUUGGAAAAAGUAAAGAAUUGCUCAAGAAAUUUUCAGUAUUCAGUGACAACGAUUACCUAUCAAAAAUUGGAUUCAACGAAAUGUUCAGAGUACCUGAUACUCUCCUACGCACAUUAGGACUAUCCGGCAUUCACAGUGUUUUCGACAAAACACCAGAUGGUGCGCGGCAUAGAAUUCACAAUUUCGCAACUGGUGAUAAGGGAACAGACUUUGAUUCCGAAGUGGUACUGUUGCCAGUGCGAUAUCCAUUUAAAAUUGAUACAGACCUAAAGUACGUCCUGUGCGCAAUUUUCGAAGUCAGCUGUACAAUAUUCCUCGCAAUGACUUAUCUCGGUGUCGACAGUCUAUUCCAUCAGUCAACGACAAUUGUAUGUUUAUUAUUGCAGACUGUAGGUAAAAAAUUUGGCGAAGUUGCAGUGUACGCUAAAGGUAACAUGGUUGACCGACGUGUUUGGAGACAAUUGCAUCAUAUUGGAGAACAGCAUUGCGAAUUGCUCUUAUACUGCCGGAGAAUUGAAGAAAUUUUCAAUCCACUUAUUUUUUUGAUGACACUAUUCACAAGUGCAAAUCUAUGUGUUUCCGUGAUUUCUCUGCAAUUGGAAUUAUCUUCGCUGCAAUUGGGGAAUAUUGUGAUAUUACUGACACAAGUCGCCGCUAUCGUCUUGCAGCCAUUUAUAUACUGUAAUUCAGCAGAGAAUAUUUCCCACCGGACAAAAAAUAUUGCCACAUCGAUUUACAUGUGUCAGUGGCCAGAGCAGACGGAAAAGUUCAAGAAAAUCGUGCUACUUAUAAUGCUGAGAAGUCAACAUAAUUAUAAAUUCGGACAAUAUGGAUUGUUCAAAGUAAAUCACCAUUUACUGACUCAGUUGAUUCAUACGGCUUGGAAUUUCCUCAUGAUAUUAAAAAAGUGGGAAAUGCCCUUAUAGGGACCUGCGUAUAGAUUUUGUUGCUAAGAAAUUUGCAACAAUCUUCUGAAUGGAUUAAAAAAAAAUUGGAAAAUAAUAAGGGGAGUUCCGUCGCCUUUUGACUUGAAGUCAAAAGUGAAAUUUUUCCCGAUUCAAUAUAUAUCAAAUUUUUCAAUAGUGAAAAUUCUCGAGAAUUCUAACAGAGUUCUUUUUUCUGCGAAGUCAUAACCCGAAGUCCAUUUCAUAAUGGGAAAGCAAUUACGUUUAUGACUGAAACGCUCAUUUUCCCGAUACUAUAUCCCUAGGCGAGUUUGAUCGCCGGAACGAUGUGCAAGUGCAAGAGUUUGAACUGAAAUUAAAAAUUGAAGGAA